CCAUCUUACUCUCUUCCUCUCGCUGUCCACAAGCAAGAUGCCUGGUGUCACAGUGAAAGACGUCAACCAGCAGGAGUUUGUCCGUGCCCUAUCGGCUUUCCUGAAGAAGUCAGGAAAGCUGAAGGUCCCAGAUUGGGUGGACAUUGUCAAGCUGGCCAAACACAAGGAGCUGGCCCCCAGCGAUGAGAACUGGUUCUACACCAGAGCUGCUUCCACAGUGCGCCACCUGUACCUGCGUGGGGGUGCGGGUGUGGGCUCCAUGACCAAGAUCUAUGGUGGUCGCCAGAGGAACGGUGUGUGCCCUGCCCACUUCAGUGUCGGCUCCAAAAACGUGGCCCGCAAGGUGCUGCAGGCCCUCGAGCUUCUCAAGAUGGUGGAGAAGAACCCCAAUGGUGGUCGCAGACUAACCGCCCAGGGAACCAGAGAUCUGGACAGGAUUGCUGGCCAGGUUGCAGCUGCUAAGUUGCCCCCGAAGGCUGCCCCCACAGUUUAAUAAAUAUUUUUUGGAGAAGGUGAAA